AUUUGGCGCGCCGAGCUGGAUGCGGUUGUGAAAGAGGGCAGGAAGAAAGCCGAGAUCGUGGAAUGUCUGAAGGAAGAGGCCCAUGAAUAUAUUCUGCAAUCCCGUGCUCAACAGUGGGAUGGCAUGCCCUAUGGAAUUGGCACACAAUUUGUUCCACAUCUACCUGCGGGUUUGGAAACACUGCUGAGAAACUAUCGCAGUGAGGGCGCCCCAUUCUUUGCGACGAUACUUGAGACCUACCUGUUUUUGCACGCAUGGACUUGGUCGGCAUCCCUGAGUUGCAAAACCUUCUGGAGACGUCCAGAUCUGGGCACUGACACGACAGGAACAACAAUUCCGCAUGUCGACAUUAUUGCCAGGCCAGGGGGGACAUCCUACCCGGAUCACAUCAUGAAGCGAUUUAACAAACAUGUUACGACAUCCGGGUUCGGAGCCCACUUGAGGAAAGAAGCCUGGCUGAGCAUCGCGGGAAUGCCUGAACACGAUGGGGUGUUUGGAACUUGGUGGUAUAAGCGUGACAAUCAGUGUGAUGCUGAUGCGAAGACCGGGUUUUGCAAGCAGGUCGCAGAUAUUCUGGAAGCAACGGGUUAUGCAAAGGAAGCUGAGUUCUGCAAUGUUCUCCGAGAAUUCUUUGAAGCACUUGAUCUGUCUGGUAUUUCGCAGGAUGAUCGAGAAGGAAGGGUUGAUCGUAUGAUUGAUUGGCUGGCCGACAAGGUGUUACCUUUCAUGUACGGGGAACCCUGCUUGUUGCAUCUUCCUCAGACACCUUAUGCAUACCGCCACUCGAGGCUCACCUGCCCCCCAGCGCUUCUGCACGAUGAAGAGACUGCUCUUCCCAUUGAACUGUUGGAGGCGACACUAAUCCUGUGUUUUGGGCGAAGAGCAAUGAUUCGCUUCUUGGAAAGCGUUCCUUGCAACAAAACAUAUGCCGAAACCUCUCCCGAUCCUGAGAAAUGCACCCCAGUCUUCAACGAUUGCUGGCGACAGUCCAAUGAUGUGGAGAAUCACUUUUCAGCAUUCAACCAAAUCCUCGGAAAAGGUGGACGUGGGCAAGUCAACAAAGCCUCCCCAACCGAUGCUUUCCUUGCGCUGAAGAAGCUUCUCAUUGUCCACAAGAUGCAAAAUGACUGA